CACUGAGCUGCACCCUCGUCACCCCAACCACCAUCCAUCGCACAGCACGCAGCCAUGGCCGACCAGUCGCACAUCAUCGUCACCGAGGGCAUCCUGCCCGCCGGCACGUGGGCCUUUGUCGCCGACCGCUUCUCGCCGUUUGCAAAGGAGACGCUCGCCAAGCUCGUGCGCUUCGUGCAGGACGAGUGCAUGCCCGCCGAGGAGCUCUACCACGCCCAGGUCGAAAAGGGCGCCAAGCGCUGGCAGGUCAUUCCGCCCGUCAUCGAGGACCUGAAGCGGCGCGCCAAGCAGCUCGGCCUCUGGAAUCUCUUCCUCAGCAAGCGCCACUACCCCGAGUGGGGCACCGACCUCACCAACCUCGAGUACGGCGUCAUGGCCGAGGUCAUGGGCCGCGCCGGCCACUUUGCCAGCGAGGCGUGCAACUGCGCCGCGCCCGACACGGGCAACAUGGAGGUGCUGGCCAAGUACGGCAACAAGGAGCAGCAGGAGCAGUGGCUCAAGCCGCUGCUCGCCGGCGAGAUCCGCUCCUCGUUCGCCAUGACGGAGCGCUUCGUCGCCUCGUCCGACGCCACCAACAUCCGCACGUCGCUGCGGCAAGAGGGCGACGAGAUUGUCAUCAACGGGCACAAGUGGUGGAUCUCGGGCGCGGGCGACCCGCGCUGCGCCGUGCACCUGCUCAUGGGCAAGCACGACCCCGACAACCCGAACCGCCACGCGCAGCAGAGCAUGGUCAUCGUCCCCGCCAACGCGCCCGGCGUCAAGGUCGUGCGCGCGAUGCAGGUGUUUGGCGACGACGAUGCGCCCGAGGGCCACAUGGAGGUCAUCUAUGAGAAUGUGCGCGUGCCGCUCAAGAAUCUGCUCGUGGGCUGGGGCAAGGGCUUCGAGAUCAUCCAGGGCCGUCUGGGACCUGGUCGCAUCCACCACUGCAUGCGCUCCAUCGGCACGGCCGAGCGCGCCCUCGAGCUCAUGCUGCGCCGCGUCACCGACCCGCGCAAGACGACGUUUGGCAAGAUGCUCUCCGAGCACGGCACCAUCGUCGCCGACAUUGCGCGCUGCCGCAUGGAGAUUGACGCCGGGCGCCUGCUGGUGCUCAGCGCCGCAAACAUGAUUGACCAGGUGGGCGCAAAGGGCGCGCUGCGCGACAUUGCAUACGCCAAGGUCAUGGUGCCCAACAUGGCGCUCGCCGUGCUCGACCGCGCCAUGCAGGCGCACGGCGCAGAGGGCAUCUGCCAGGACACGAUGCUGGCGGCCGCGUGGGCAGGCCUGCGCACGCUGCGCUACGCCGACGGGCCCGACGAGGUGCACAUGCAGCAGCAGGGCAAGAUUGAGCUGCGCCGCGCGCCGGCGCUCUGGGAGCGCCAGAAGCAGCUCGAGGCCAAGCGCGACCAGCUGUUCAAGCAGUACGGCACGCCGCGCGCUCACAUCUAGGUGGCGCGGCGUCCCCGUCUUGGAGUGAUCCCCUGCAUGUUCCUUCACACCACGCCCACCCCCACACACACCAGCAUCUUCGACGUGUCCCUGUCCUCGUUCCUGUCUCUUCUCGUCAUGAAACGUCCUUGAUUCUCUCUCGCA